CACUUGCGACCGAAUCCCUGGGCCGAAGAAAGAAGGGCGCAGGCCCGGGAGAAGCGGCGGCGGGUGGAGGCCGGGCUGGAGGGGUGGGGACGGCGAGGAGGUGGAGGUUGGUGCUCCGCUCCGUUCAGCUCCAGCUCGGAUUCAUGUCCCGCCAGGCGAAGGAUGACUUCCUGCGGCACUACACAGUGUCGGACCCCAGGACGCACCCUAAAGGCUACACCGAGUACAAAGUAACCGCACAGUUCAUCUCAAAGAAGGACCCAGAGGAUGUCAAAGAGGUGGUGGUCUGGAAGCGGUACAGCGACUUCCGCAAGCUGCAUGGAGACCUGGCCUACACCCACCGCAACCUCUUCCGCCGCCUGGAGGAGUUCCCUGCUUUCCCCCGGGCCCAGGUGUUUGGCCGGUUUGAAGCCUCAGUGAUCGAGGAGCGGCGGAAGGGGGCAGAGGACCUGCUUCGCUUCACGGUGCACAUACCCGCGCUCAACAACAGCCCCCAGCUCAAGGAGUUUUUCCGGGGUGGGGAGGUGACCCGACCCUCAGAAGCGUCCAGGGACCUACACAUCCUGCCACCUCCUCUGAUCCCCACCCCGCCCCCUGAUGACCCCCGGCUACCCCAGCCGCUCCCUGCAGAAAGGAGGGGCUUCGAGGAAUUGGAGGUGCCAGUGGACCCCCCACCAUCCAGCCCUGCCCAGGAAGCCCUGGAUCUCCUCUUUAACUGUGGGAGCACUGAGGAGGCAUCCGGUUCCCCUGCCCGAGGCCCCCUCACUGAGGCUGAGCUUGCACUCUUCGACCCCUUCUCUAAGGAAGAAGGUGCAACCCCCAGCCCCACCCAUGUGGCUGAGCUGGCAACGAUGGAGGUGGAGUCGGGAAGGCUGGACCAGGAACCAUGGGAACCAGGAGGGCAGGAGGAGGAAGAGGACGGGGAAGGAGGGCCCACCCCUGCCUAUCUAAGCCAGGCCACAGAGCUUAUCACCCAGGCCCUUCGUGAUGAGAAGGCAGGUGCCUACGCUGCCGCGCUCCAGGGCUACCGAGAUGGUGUGCACGUCUUACUCCAGGGAGUGCCCAGUGACCCAUCGCCUGCCCGCCAGGAAGGUGUGAAGAGGAAAGCAGCUGAGUACCUGAAGCGGGCAGAGGAGAUUCUGCGUCUGCACCUGUCCCAGCUCCCACCCUGAUGGGGAGUGGGUCCUUCCCUGGGACUCUCGCUCCAGCACUGCCAGCCCCUUGUCCUCUCCCCAUGGCCUGGCCUUGCCUCCUGGUCUCAUAACCCCAGGGGCCAUUUCUGAAGGUAACUGGACCAAGAAUGAGAAAAAGAAUUAAUCUCAGCUCCCUAACUACACCUACAACCUUGGAAUCAAGGACUCACACUUCUGACCCUGUCUUUUGUUUCGAGAUGGAGUCUCACUCUGUCACCCAGGCUGGAGUGCAGUGAUGUGAUCACAGCUCACUGCAACCUUUGCCUCCCAGGUUCAAGCGAUUCUCCUGUCUCAGCCUCCCCAGUAGCUGGGCUUGUACGCACUCCCCACCACACCCAGCUAAUAUUUUGUAUUUUUAGUAGAGAUGGGAUUUCACCAUGUUGGCCAGGCUGCUCUGGAACUCCUCAAAUGACCUACCUGCCUCGGCCUCCCAAAGUGCUGAGGUUACAGGCAUGAGUCACCGUGCCUGGCCCCUGCCUGUCUGUCUUGAUGUGUGAGCAGCAGCUAUGGUUAUUAAACCAUUAGCUUAGCCCUCUAGAACGGGUCUGCAAACUCCCACUUGCAGACAGAUCCCGCCCACCUCCUUUUUAAUGUAAGGCCUGUAAGCUACAGUGGUUUUUACAUUUUUUUUUUAAUUAAAAAAAUCUAACACUCUGUGACAGGGGAAAAUUAUAUGAAAUUUAAGAGUCUAUAAAUAAAACUUGUUGGAACACAAA